UACAAACAAGUGGAGCAGUAUAUGUCCUUCCACAAGCUGCCCGCUGACUUCCGACAGAAAAUCCAUGACUAUUAUGAGCACAGAUACCAGGGCAAGAUGUUUGAUGAGGAAAGCAUCCUGGGGGAACUCAGUGAGCCUCUCAGAGAAGAGAUUGUCAACUUCAACUGUCGGAAGUUGGUGGCAUCAAUGCCACUCUUUGCCAAUGCAGAGCCAAACUUUGUUACGGCCAUGUUGACUAAGCUACGCUUUGAGGUAUUUCAACCACAUGACUACAUAAUAAGGGAAGGCACCAUUGGCAAGAAAAUGUACUUCAUCCAGCAUGGAGUCUGCAGCGUCAUCACCAAGGGCACCCUUGCAAUGAAACUGACAGAUGGCUUUUAUUUUGGAGAGAUCUGUUUAUUGACAAGAGGUCGACGAACAGCCAGCGUGCGAGCAGAGACUUAUUGUCGACUCUACUCUCUGUCCGUUGACCACUUCAAUGAGGUGCUGGAGGAGUAUCCAAUGAUGAGACGAGCCUUCGAGACUGUUGCUAUUGACCGUCUGGACCGCAUAGGUAAAAAGAAUUCCAUCCUGAUGCACAAGGUUCAACAUGACCUGAACUCUGGUGUUUUCAACAACCAAGAGAAUGAGAUGAUCCAAGAGAUUGUCAAAUAUGACCGAGAGAUGGUUAAACUAGUGGACCUGCAACGACCACGGGCCAUGUCUAUGACCCCCUCUAUUGGUGGCAUCUUUGCCCCCCCGGGUCAGACACAGACAGGCUCUGCGAUUGCCACACUCCAGCAAGCGGUGGCCAUGAGCUUCUGCCCACAGAUGGCGAGUCCUUUGGUGGGCCCAGGAACUUUGCAGUCUCCGCGAAUGGUGAGAAGAUUCCAGGUGAUUCAGAACCUAUCCAGUCCAGUGUCUAUGUCUCCUCUUCAGUCUCAACCCCCCCAGACUCUCGGAGGGGCAUUUGGAUCAGCAAUUUCCAGCCCACCCGUUCAAAGCCCACUUGCUGCGUCAGGACGGACUUUCCAGUGUAUAGCGAGUGUAGGACCCUCUGGGUCCCAGCUGUCCCUUGUGCAGCACCAUGCCCCCAGCCCCACACAAACCCAGCAGAGGCCUGCCUCACACAAGAGCACCCACUCUCUUCAUGCUGGCAGUUUGAGCCAGGACACUCGGGCCCUGUCUGCUUCCCAGCCUUCACUCCCCCAGGAGGGAAUACAACAAGCUGCCUCUGCAGCCCCCAGCCCUCCAGCCUCCACCCGCACCUCCAACUCUUCCAUUGGCCCUCCACAGCCCCCUCACCACAGCUUGCCAGGGCCCUCAGGUGUGGCGAGAUCGGCGGGAGCCCAGCAAAGGGUGGCCUUUGCCUCCACACCUCCUCCUGGUGGACCUGCUGGAAUGGGGGCAGUAGCAGCGGCUGCUGGAUCAGGACCUCCAGACUCUGGAGUUCCCAAGAAAGAUUCAAUUGUCAGCCUUCCAGAGCUAGACUCUGCCAGAUCUCGGCUGUCUUCCAACUUGUGA